AUGACCAUGUUCGCAUCAACGUUCCGAUGGCUGCAAAGGAAGAGAUACCAAUAUGAAGUCACAUUCUCACUUUACAUGUUGACGCCAACGGAGAAAUUCAUUUUCAACUCCUUCCUCUUCCUCUUCUUCAGCAUGGUCAUAAUCGCCAUGACGCUUUACCUUCCCCAGCACAUCGCUUUUCUCACCAACCGCGCCUGGUUCUACUACAAUGGCGACGAGAGCGCGAAGACGGCUGUGAAGUCUGUAAUUGAGAGCCCGACUGGUGCGGUGCUUGUUCAAAAGGUUAAGGAGAGUGUUGUGGCUGCGAGCAAGGCUGGAGGAACCGCUGGUUCGACACUUUUGGGUGCUGGAAAGGAGUUGUAA